ACCACGAUAUGCGUUCAACUCUCAGACUUGCAGAAAAGGUAGCAGAUCACGCAAAAUAUCACCAAGAACCAAAGGGUAUCUGGAUGAAAGCUAAGCAAUGGCUUGCAGUAAACCCAGAAAUUAGUUCAGGAUUGAUUAACCACCAUCAAUUCCGUAAAAUCCCACCUGGAUCAAGACCAGAGAAGUACGUCCAGCCAAUCAGUAAAUCAUCUGAUAUCGCUGAAAACCCAUACUUCAAGCGUGACGUUAGAAGAGCUUUCCCAAAGACCUCACACGUCUCACAAAAUGAGCUUGCACAAUUGUUGAUCUCAAACCCAGACUUUAAAGCUCUUCCUAACCCAGCUGAAGCACAAACAAAAGCUCUCGCUCAAGUAAAAGACUCGCCAGAGACACUCGAUUUAGCCCAAGUUUUAGACGUACUUCCAGCUGCUCAAUCACCUUACACUGGUCUCCCACCAACACCACCUUUCCGCCCAAAUCCUAUGAGAGAAACAGUAGGUGCACCAUCUAAAGAGGGUGCAUACUAUCCAAUGCGCUUGUUCAAAUAGAUGUUUCAUAAAUUUU